CAGGAUGUGUCCACCAUGUCCCAGUUUAAAAGGUCACAGACCUUCUGUUCACGCACUCAAACGAUUAUUUAAGUUUUCCCAACAAUUUCUUGAUGUCCUUCCUCUUUUUAUCUUUUUAUAUUUCCAUUCAAAUUGUGUGAACGGGAUCAGAAAAGCACACUAUACUCUAUUCAUGUAUCCACAAUAUAGGGAGACUAGCCUCACAUCUAGCCAAAUAUAAACCAUGCCCCCAUUUCGGGGGGGCGGAACAUCUCCAGACCCCACAGCAGGGGGUCUCGCGAGCACACGGCGCACUACGGAGACCGCAGCGCCCCGUGCGCCCUCCACAGACUCCAUCCGGGACAACACUUCUCCGGCGGGCUGACCGACUCCCCGGUGGCGGCCGUAUGGACGCCCGGACCCGAAUGGCGGAGUGAGCGAGGAUGCGCCUCCCCAGUUCCAUCUUUGUGUCGGUGUCUCUGUUCACGGCCGAGACCACGGCGGCGCUCUACCUCAGCUCCACGUACCGCUCCGCCGGGGACCAGAUCUGGCAGGGUCUCACGCUCCUCUUCACGCUCGUGCCGUCCGUGCUGGUGCAGCUGACCCUCACCUUCAUCCACCGGGACCUGAGCAGGGACCGGCCGCUCGUCCUGCUGCUGCACAUCCUGCAGCUCGGACCCGUAGUCAGGUGUCUGGAGGCGUUCUGCAUCUAUGGCAGUGUGGGCCGUGUGGAGGAGCCCUACGUCAGCAUCAUCAGGAAGAAGCAGAUGCCUCGCCGCGGACAGUCGGAGGAGGUGGAGCGGCAGGUGGGGCAGGCGGAGGGGAAACUGUUUACACACCGAGCCGCCUUCGCCCGCACCUCGGUAAUUCAGGCCUUCCUGGGAUCGGCCCCCCAGCUCACCCUACAGCUCUACAUCUGCGUCCUGCAGCAGGGGGUCUCCGUCGGACGAGGCACUCUGAUGGUGAUCUCCCUCCUGUCUAUUGUGUACGGGGCGCUGCGCUGCAACAUCCUGGCCAUUAAGAUCAAAUACGACGACUAUGAAGUGGACGUGCGCCCCAUGGCUUACGUGUGCAUUUUCCUGUGGAGGAGCUUUGAGAUCGCCACUCGCGUGGUGGUUCUGGUUCUGUUCAGCUCUGUGCUGCAGCUCUGGGUCCUGCCUGUGGUUCUGCUCAACUUCCUGGUUUUCUUCCUGUACCCGUGGAUCCUGUUCUGGCAGAGCCACUCGCCCUUCCCCGAGAACAUAGAAAAGACCUUGACCAGGGUGGGGACCACCAUCGUGCUUUGCCUGCUCACCUUCCUCUACGCCGGCAUCAACAUGUUCUGCUGGUCAGCCGUGCAGGUGAAACUCAACGACCCGGACCUCAUCAACAAGUCCCAGAACUGGUAUCGCAUGGCCGUGUACUACAUGAUGCGCUUUGUGGAGAACGCCUCGCUGCUCCUGCUGUGGUACAUCUACAAAACCGACUUCUACAAGUUCUUCUGUGCGCCGCUGCUGGUGCUGCAGCUGCUGGUCGCCUACGCCAUCGCCAUCUUCUUCAUGCUGGUCUUCUACCAGUUUUGCCAUCCGUGUCGGAGGCUCUUCUCUUCCAGCAUGACCCAGGGCCUUUGGAACUGCUCGUCUCUCCUCUGUCUCAUGUGCAAUUCUGCUUCCCCACAGAACAGGCCGCUGGGAGACGCGCCCCGUCCCGCUAAGAGCGCGGGGCCGCCUAACGACGAGGCCCUGGACUCGGCCAGCGACAGCGCAGACGACGUGCCUAAUGAAACGUCGUACGACAUGCUCAGUGAUACAAUCUGUGAGAAUGCUAAUGAAGUGGGCAAUAAUAUAUGUGGUGGAAUCAACGGCGACGUCAACCACAGUGUAUCCUGCAAUGCGUAAAGCGCCUGUCGGACGUGCCGCCCAGAGGAGAGACGGACAGUCUGAUCACACGCGCUUUAACCCUCCAAGUGCCACACGAACCCCUCCGCCACCGAUUCACAUGUCCAUCUCACCUCUGUUCUCCUCCAGAGACGUCCUACAUCAGUGAACACAAAAUAAAAACAAGCCCCUUGACAGGCUUACAAAUAAAGUCACGGACCCAGCAAUUACUUCUAUUGUUUUUAGUGUGUCUACUUCUAUGCUGCAUUACUGACCACAGGGCGCCGUGCAUUUCAAUUGAUUGUAUUUGAUAUCUGUGUUUGGCAUGGAGGCGUGCAUGUGUCGAGCCUCAGAUGAACUUCUGCAGGAGGGAGGAUCUGUUUUGUACGGAGGGCGGGAGAGUGGGGAGUGUUCUGAUGCUCCGUGUAGUUUUAUGGCUGCAAGCGAUCAGCUUUUUUACUCCUGGAUCACAGCUUUAUCAUUGAUACGCGCUGCUUCUGUGAUGUGUUUGGGAUUGGUGACGAGAUGUGAAUCUCCACACAUUAUUUAAAGAGCCUGUUUGAUCACCAAACACAUUAAUUGUAAAGUACGACCUUCUCCAGGCGUAAUGUUUUUGCACGUUUACAAAAGGGAUUUAAGUGGCUUUGUUUUAACUGCUGAGCAACAGUUGCAGUGAUGUGAAAUGCUUUUAGAUGUAUUUGCAUUUUUGUAAUUAGAGCCAAUGUAAGUUGGCUCUAAAUCUGUGUCUCACUAGUAUAGAAUAUUUACACCAAGUGCACACUAAAAUGUAUUAUCUUAGCAUCUGUAAGAUAUUUUUGAUGGCAUUUUUGCUUUUUCAACCUUUAAUGUAUAAUUGUGUAUGAGAGAGAAUGUCAGUGUUUGUUUUUGCACUUACUCCUUUUCGCCAUGUACCUGCAGAAUGAUGACUGCCUCAUGUAUCAAAUUAUCGUUUAAGAUGAGCCAAAAAAAGAAAUGUAUUGCAGAAAUUGGACAUUCCCAUACAGAGCAAAAAUGAAAAGGCUUAUAAUCCUACUUAAAAAUAAAUUUAUAUUUAUAUGUGGAAA